AUGCGUCUAGUUUCUACGGCAAUUGCCGACAUAAAGGGAGACAACAACGAUGAUAUUAUUAUCUUAGAUUCACAAAGAGCUCAUCUGAAGAUUUUUUUAAAUGUUGCUAGUGGCCAGUUGGCUGAAGAAAAAAAUUUUCAACUGGUUUGCACAGCGGCAGAUAUUUCGACAAGUGAUAUGAACAAUGAUCAAAAAGUCGAUGUUAUCACCACCAAGUAUUGGACCCAUGCCAUUACUAUUCUUUAUAAUACUGGCGAUGAAACAUUCUAUCAUCGAGUUAUCUCUACAAAGUUAUAUGGAGCUAAUGUUCGAGCAAUAAGUGAUAUUAAUAAUGAUAAAACACUAGAUGUUAUUAUGACAAAUUACUCUCCUGGCGAAAUCGGUGUUUAUUUCAACAUAGGAAAUGGAACAUUUACGAACGAAACAAUCUUUCCAAAAAGAUUUCUUCCAAUGAAGACAAAAUCAAUGGAUAUUCAUGGUGAUGGACAAAUGAAAAUUAUUGCCAUAGGUGAAAAUGGCAGAGAUAGUGUCAUCGCCAUGCUAUUAUUUUACUGCUAA